AUGUCCACGCUCGGGCUCGCAGCCAGUCUUGGUUUUGACUACACUGACGAGUAUGCCCUCAUCGCUAACAAUACAUACCAUUACCUCAGAGCGGAACCAGACAGCCAUAAGAAAUAUGCCGGGACGGCUUUCCUCGUUCACGGUUGGCCUGAUAUGGCCUACGGCUGGCAUAACCAGAUAUCCCUCCUCACGUCCAUGGGAUACCGCGUCAUUGCCCCCAAUAUGCUUGGAUUCGGGCAGUCAUCCCGCCCCGUUUCUGUUGAUCCCUAUGCUCAAAAGAACGUUGUCAGUGACCUCGCUGAGCUUUUCCAGACUGUUUUGGAGGAUAGAGAAAAGGGGAUUCUUGUCGGUCAUGACUGGGGCGCUGUGGCGGUCUGGGGUCUCGUUGUGCGCCAUCCCCAACUUUUCAGUGCCGUCAUCAAUUUGGCGGUUCCGCUCUUCACUCCUGCGCCCAAGUACUUGGAUCUUGCCGACGCAAUCGAGGCUGGACAGAGAACAUUCCAGGGCUAUGUACUCCAGCUGCGCCAACCAGGAAUGGAGGAACGAUUUCGGGGAGCCGAUAAGUUCAGGCAUAUGCUCCGGGCUGUUUUUGAAGGAACAACCGCCGAUGGCCAGCCUGGUGUCAAUAACACGAACGGUUUCAACUUCGACCUCCUCGACCAGAUGCAGGUGGCCCCUUUCCUGCCUCGAGACCUGGAAGACAUUUACGUCCGUGAGAUGACCAGCCAUUACAACCUGCCCGUCGGUCUCUUCAACCCCUACCGUACUGCAAGACUCGAUUGGGAGGACGACAUCACCUGGCAGAACAAUGGGGGCUCAUGGCAGAUUGAUAUUCCCAGCCUGUUUAUAUGUGGCCGCAAGGACCAAUUCGUUCCGUGCCAAGUUGCCGAGGGCAUGGAAAGGAACUUCAAAGAUCUUCAAAAGUUUGAGGUUGACAGUGGCCACUGGAUUCAGAUCGAGGCUCAUGAUAAGGUCAACGAUAUUAUACAGCACUGGAUCGGCUCUCUCAAAUGCCAUAAGCAGUGA